UGUUUGUUUGUUUGUUUUUCUGCGAUAUGUGAUGGCAGCGCGACACGAAUAAAACACUUGAAUUUUUUUUUUUUUUAAAACAACGUAAUUUUUUUACCACGACAACCACACCAACAAGGACUGUCGUCAUUAGCCACCACCGUAGUGACGUUCGGGCCGAGGAGGGUCCGGCUGCGGCUGUGGAGCUCCUCCAGACCGGAAGCAAGUGACCUCUCCGCUCCACAAUAAGGAAGCAGCUGGGUGUUGCUGCGCGGGGUUACUAUGACAACCACGCCGACAAGGUUUGUUGUCAUUAGCAACCACUGUCGUCGCGUUCGGACCGUCGGACCGGAAAGCCCUUUUCGUGUUAGCUGUUAUGUUUGCUAGCACUUGUUGAGACGCGUUAUUAUCCAGCAGCCGUUUUUUGCAAGUGCGUCCCGCCACAGGCUGCUAAAUACUGAUCCACCUGACCUCUCCUGAAUUUCGGAGUUGGUCUUCCAUUUAUUUAUUGUAGAAUUUGUGUCCGGUGUUGGAAUGUUCAUCUCCAGCGUUUAUUGACAAGUCCAUUUCCUCUUCGAUUGGCUGCUUUGAUCUCACACGGCGACGUCCGACACGACAGGAGACGACACGACACCUCGGCAAUAACCUUCACGACAUUGACCCACAUUUCCUCAGUUAAAACACAGAGAAUCUCAGACUGAAUGGUGUUUCAUUGUCACGAGAUGUAACUUCCCCAGCCCCCACCUUCGAUAUCUGAGGAAUUUCCUAGGCUACAAAAGCGUUAAUUAGGAGAAACAAUGGACUCCAACUUGUUGGGCUAUUCCCUGGAACUCGUGGCCGGAAGCGGGUGCACCCUGAACGUGGAGAAAAGAACGGCGCUGGAGACCUCCCUGGUGAUUCUGAAGAAAAACUACAAAUUCCAGCGAGUCUUGUUCUGGGGCAAAAUAUUGGGAUUGAAGGAGGAUUACUUCGUCGCCCAGGGGCGAGGAGAGGACGAGAUGGAGGACAAGAAGAACCUGUACAGCUUCAACUGCAUCGACUGGUUCCUGCUGCCCCCCGCCACAGACGCCUUGAUCGACCUGGUGUCCAGGGUCACCAAGGGUCGCUUCAUAGGGGACCCCUCCCAUGUGUACGAGCAGCUUGAGAUCCACAGGCAAGGGGAGGGAGAGGGGGCUGUGGAGGAGGAGGUUGUGACCACAGUGAACGAGGAGAACAGGCUGGCAGUGACCGUUCAUCUGAUCGAUGAGGACGUGUCUGUGGUACCGCGUGGCGCAUUCAUCAAGAAUCGACGCGGCCUUGUCCAGAUGAACCGCAGCUUUGGCGGUCUGUCUCACUCUGAAGUAGCGAAGCUUGACAGUUUCCUUCACUUCAGCAAACCAAAGAAUCUGAAGAAGAAAAGCAUCCUGGAGAUGGGUGAAUUGAACCCAGCCCUCGACUUCCUGGACGUACUGAGUGAUGACAUUCCUAAAGGAUCAUGGAGUCUCCAGUUCGAAUGUGGCAGCAAAGUGUGUGUGCUGCGCAGCCUGUUGUGGCUUGGCCUGACCUUCUACCAUGUGCCAAUGACGCCACUGCACGGAUACGUCUACAUCGGCGAUGGGAACAAGAAUUUGGACCUCCCCUUCAUGCUAUGAGGAUACAUACAAGACUUAUUUAAAAUGUCUCAUGUUUCUGUGCUUCUCCCCCCCCCAAAUUCUAUGAAACAUAUUGCAGGACUUUUAAUCUUCUCUUAAAACAAAUAAAUGGAAGGGGCACAGUCA